CCGGUAGGCUACAAUGAGCGAGCGCUCAAAGCACACAACUGGGUUCGCGCCCAGUACCCCAUUCCACUGAUGACAAUCGACGCCAAGCUCACUGAAACGGCUAUAAAAGCUGUCCGGACCUGCGUCUUCGCACCCAACGCCAAAAUCGACGGCGGCGGCUACGGCCAAAACAUCGCCGUCAAGGCCUCCUUCUACGGCGUGGACAGUGUCAUCCAAGACAUAUGGAACAACAGAUCGCACGAGGCUGCGUUCGCGCCCUACCUCGGCCAGGCGACGCCCUGGGACGGCGACAACAAGACAGACGCCGACCCGCGGGUCUGGGGUGUCUACACGCAGCUGAUCUGGCACAACUCGACGCGCGUGGGGUGCGCGACAAAUUUCUGCGCCCAGCUGCAGAAGUUUGAGGACGGCAGCCCGGCGUUUUACACCGUCUGCCAUUACCAGGACCCGGGGAAUGUGAAGGGGCAGUUUCAUUUGAAUGUGUUUGAGAAGAAGACAAGAUAG